AUGGGCAAGAUCACUCAUAAAGCAAAUCCUGAUACAUCAACUGUUGAGACGUCAGCCAAUCCUUCAGAGAAUGCUGGCAUUGUUAUUUCUGCAUUUGACAACAGCUCUACAGCUGAUUAUUUUGCGUUAGUCACACACGCCAUGGAUCGUCAUCGAUUGCGCAUUCUCAAUGUUCGAUCUGGUACAGUGAGCAAUGACUAUUCAGCACAAGAAAAGGAAAAGAUUACCUGUUUAUCUUGGGGUUUUAUGAAGGAUAAUGGUGAUUUACAGGCAAACACAGUUCAAGCCUUUAAAAAGAAAAAAAGUGGUGUUACCUCACUAUCAAGAGUGGUUGCACUUGGCUUACACUCAGGAACAAUUGCUAUGUUCUCUUUGUCACAUGGCGCGAUUGUCAGCACAUUAGUGGGGUCACAUACAACACCUAUUUCAGAUUUUGUUAUGACAAAAGAUGGUUCGAGAGGUUAUUCGGUAGCAGAAGAUAGUAUAAUUGUUGAAUGGGAUCUGGAAGAGGGAAAGGAGUUACAUAAGUGGAAAGCAGAUGCAAAGAAUGUACGAAAACUGAAGUUGAGUCAUGACGAAAAGAAGUUAGCUACAGCAGGACAUACCAUUACUCUUUGGGAUUUGAGCACGUAUACAGUUAUUAAGAAAUUCAUUGGACAUGCAAGUGCUAUCAAAGAAAUGGCCUUCUCACAUCAAGACGAUGUAUUAGUGUCUAACGCAGAAGAUGAUAGAUAUAUUAAUGUAUGGGAUGCCCAAGCUUCGAAUACAAAUUCAAAUAAUCUUACAGCGUUAACUCUUGAAACAAAUGUUCUACAUAUUGACUUCUCAUCAACAGAGCCAUCCGUAUUAGCAGUAACAGAUGAUGGCUUAGUUAGUAUUUGGGAAAAUGCAUCUUUAAUUUCAACACAGCAAACGCCCUCUGCUGGCAACAGAAGAAAAAUGAUUCGAUCCAUGACGAAACAAGCUGAUGCCAAUAUAAAACUGGUUUCUACUGCUGAUGAGAAUAAUGUGAUUCCCAUCUUAGGUGCUAAGUUCGUAACUGAUAAUGGUGGCAAAUCAAUAAUGAUCGCACGUGGAUCCAGUAUUAAACCUUCUUUCGAGGUAGUCAAGUACGUUAAUGAGGAAACAGGGGCCAUCUUAUGCGAUAUCGUUCUAUCCAGACAGCCUAUUACAAAUUAUUUAAUCGACACUGCAUCUGUUGCUGCGAAUAAUUUGAGAACAACCCGCAAAGCCUACGAUGAAUCCACAGUUACUGUUGUGGGCAAUUCUGAUUUUGCCGUCAAAGCACCUAUAAUGGCUACCAACGAUGAGCAGAACCUUGAUGAAAAUGAAGAGCCAUCUAUUGAGCAGAAGCUUCAGAGCUUAGACAUGGUGGACACAGCAACAAGAGCCACUCAAAAAAGUAAGAAAAAGAAAACUGUCAACACUCCCUCUGCUGGAUCAUUACAAACUGUUUUGGUGCAGGCCUUACAUUCGAACGAUACUACUCUCCUCGAAGCGUGUUUGCAGCAUGAGAAGCCUGAGGUGAUCAAUAAUACAGUAAGACGAUUGCCUACGGAAUAUUUAAUUCCCUUGUUAUUGGAGCUUAUCACAAAAUUUCAAGAAAAGCCUAGUCGUGGUCCAACGCUUUUACUUUGGAUUAAGUCUGUUCUCACCAUUCACACUGCCUACUUAAUGACCGUGCCUAAUUUAGUGGGAAAGCUCUCCGGCUUCUACCAAGCAUUAGAUACGCGUGUUGGUGUGUUUCCCAAGCUACUCGCAUUAAGAGGGCGUUUAGAUAUUGUACAGAGUCAAAUCAACGUCAAGUCAUAUUCAGAUAUCAAUGAUACACAGUUACAACGUGCACAAAUGGCUGAGAAUGUUUAUGUGGAGGAAGAUUCAGAUGAUGAAGUGGAAGCAGAGGAAGAGUUAUCAAGUAUGGAUGAAGAUGAUGACGAAGGUUUAUCAGAAUAG